GGGUGAGGUACCACUCUCAGCAUCUCUCCUGAGCCAGCGAGCGAGUUGUGCUCUUGCCAUGCUGGGGAUUGAAAGAUGCUCAAAAUGAUAAAGGAUCAAAGUAGUAAAAUUUCAAAGACAUUCUGCCAGAAAUGGACUCAAGUCUAGAUGGAUAAACCUAAACUCCGUGCUUGAGCCCCGGGUCGAGGGGGAUUGUUUUUUCUUUCUGAGUCUGUCUCAAAGGUAAUCGGCCUGCUUGACUGCCGCUCUGCACCGCCAACAUGCCAGUUCUGGACCAAGAUCCCUCCAAAGAUUUAGGGGGCGGAGAUGGUCUUCCUAAGCUGCCGCUCCCUGCCCUGAAAGACACACUGGACAUGUACCUGAGGUGUGUGAAGCACCUGCUCACAGAGGAACAGUUCAACAAGACCCAAAAUAUAGUGAAGCAAUUUGGAGCCCCUGGAGGAGUGGGGCAGCUACUACAGAGCAAACUCAUGGAGAGGAGGGAGAACAAGGCAAACUGGGUGUAUGAAUACUGGCUGAAUGACAUGUACCUGAACAACAGGCUGGCUCUGCCCGUCAACUCCAGUCCUGUGAUGGUCUUCCCACAGCAUAACUUCAGGGCUCCCAUUGACUCUUUAAGGUUUGCUGCACACUUAAUUUCUGGAGUUUUGGAGUACAAGACUCUUCUUGAUGCACGUGCUCUGCCUGUGGACUACGCCAGGGGCCAGCUGGCUGGAACCCCUCUGUGUAUGGAGCAAUACUAUCGCCUCUUCUCUUCCUACCGCCUACCAGGGCCUGAGAGGGACACACUAGUGGCCCAGGAAAGUAGCGUGAUGCCAGAACCUGAACACAUCAUUGUGGCUUGUAAAAACCAGUUUUUUGUGCUGGAUGUGGUGAUAAACUUUCGCCGACUGAAUGAAAGAGACCUGCUGACUCAGCUGGAGAAGAUCGUCAGGAUGGCUGACAGCGAAGAAGAGCAGCUCCCACCCAUUGGUCUUCUCACUUCAGAUGGACGGACAGAGUGGGCAGAGUCUCGUAGUGUGCUAAUGAGAGAGUCUACUAACAGGGACUCUCUGGACAUGAUUGAGCGUUGUCUGUGUCUAGUCUGUCUUGAUGAAGCUACUGGGCCUGAGCUAAGUGACACCACACGUGCCAUGUUGAUGCUGCAUGGCGGAGGAGUGGCCAAGAAUGGGGGCAACCGCUGGUACGACAAGCCCAUGCAGUUUGUCGUAGGAGCUGACGGCUGCUGCGGAGUCGUGUGUGAACACUCACCAUUUGAAGGAAUUGUCCUUGUGCAGUGCACAGAGUAUCUUCUCAAAUAUAUGAUUGGCAGCCCAUCAAAGUUGGUGAGGGCUGCAAGUGUGAGCGAGCUGCCUGCACCACGCAGACUCCGCUGGAAAUGUACUCCAGAGAUUCACAAACUCCUCGCCUCUUCUGCUGACAAACUAGAGAGGCUGGUGAAAAAUCUGGACAUGAAUGUCCACAAAUUCUACGAUUACGGGAAAGAAUUCAUCAAGAAGCAGAAAAUGAGUCCGGAUGCCUACAUCCAGGUUGCUCUUCAGUUAGCCUACUACCGAUGUCAUGGCAGACCAGUGUCGACCUAUGAGAGUGCUUCUAUACGGCGUUUUAAGGAAGGCAGAGUGGACAACAUCCGCUCAGCCACACCAGAAGCCAUGGCCUUUGCCAGAGCAAUGACUCAUGGGGAACUGAGCACAAGCGAUACAGAAAAGAUGGAGCUGUUACGAGGUGCCAUAACUACACAGACAAAGAAUACUAUUCUGGCUAUUACAGGGAACGCAAUAGACAAUCAUUUACUAGGACUUCGGGAAAUUGCACAUGAACUGAAGAUAGAGAAGCCAGAAAUGUUCAAAGACGAAGCCCAUCUCAUCAGCAAUCAGUUCAUUCUCUCUACUAGCCAGGUCCCUACUACUGUUGAGAUGUUCUGCUGCUACGGACCCGUGGUUCCAAACGGAUACGGAGCGUGCUACAACCCUCAGUCAAACUACAUUAUCUUCUCUGUGUCCAGUUUCCACGAUAACCCACAGACAUGUUCAGCAGAAUUUGUAAAGUGUCUGGUGCGGGGACUCCUGGACAUGAGGGAUCUGUGCAAUAAAUGUAACUCCAGCUCCAACCCGACCGCCCAAAGACAGGGUCAGACGCUGGAGACGCACACGCAAACAGACACAAACUGGCAAAAUAAAACUCCAAAGCAGAGACCGGCUGACCUGACCAAGAAUCAGCAAACACUGCCACAGGUUCUGCUGAAACUACCGGACCAGCCUAAAGUGGAGGCUCAAACGCAGACUUCAUCACAGGGAGAGGCACAUGCUUUGAAGAAUGGAAGUAAAUCAUAGGAAACUCCCAGUGAAAAUAGCGGCGGUGUGAUUUUAAAUGUGUGUUUUUGUGCUGCAUCAAUGUACUGUAUACCUCUUGAGUCAUUCACAAAAUAUACAUUGUAGCUGUGAAAAAAAAUGUUAUGUAAAGCUAGUUUUGUUGUUUAAUGUAUUGUAAAAUGUAUCAAGUGCUGAUGAUAAUCUAAUCUAUUUAUUCUUAGAAAAUAUUAGAGGUGUUUGGAUGUUAUAGAGGACAUUUUCUGCUGUCGUCACACAAAAAAAAGUUGAAUAUACAGCAGUAAUUCAAAUGUCUAUCAAAAUGGCUACUGUACGUAGGUAAAAAUACAAGCCAAAUUAAAAAGGAAAAAGGAGAGCCAAACACUCAAGAUUCAUUCUCCCUUUUCCAUGUCUGCAUUAUUUUGCCCAUGAAGCCUGUCAGUCAGUUUGACAGAGCAAAAGUAGUCUGUGAGUUAUGAUAAAUGGCUGAUUGUCUCACUAUACAGUAUGUCAACUUGCAAAUCGCAUGCUGCUAUCCAAUGAUUUUCUGAAGAUUAUGGUACAUUGUAAAACUAGAAUCUUCUAUGCAAUUUCCAUUUGUGUUGUAUUCAUAAAUUGAUGUGUCUAUUGUACCAACAAUACAUGCGGUAUUACUAAAGUGUCUGUUCAAAAAAGUAUCCUUUGAUAAAAUCAUUAGACGUUUAGUUCAUACUGUACUGUAUUCCAUAUACUGGGACUCAUACUGUGCUUGUGUACAUAAGAAACAAAAAAACAACUGACCAGGGAUAUUGUUUAGUUUAAGUGUGAUGAAAACUGUGUAUUUGUACAUUUAUGAGCAGAAUAUAUCAAUUAAGUUAUUUAUUUUUGUAUGAUAUAGCCUAAUGUUACAGGGUGUAAAUGUAAGUUUGAAAAGUAAGUAUAUGAAAUGUACUAACCAAAGGUGAUGACUGUGUUUAUGACUGUCUAAGUAUUGUAUUUAUGAAGUGUUGAAGAUUAAAAGAAACCAAAAUCAGGA